GACGCGACCCGGAAGUGAUCUUUAAUGUUGAUACUCGCGAAAAAUGGCGGCACAGAAAGACAGUGAAGAAAAGAAAGCUGAUGGAGAGGAUGUGUCCUCAGUCAUGGGCUUCUCUGGUUUUGGUAGAAAAGCUCGGACGUUCGACCUGGAGGCUAUUUUUGAACAGACUCGGAGGACGGCUAUUGAAAGAAGUCAGAGGGUUUUAGUAGACCGUCAGCAGCAGGAGUCUCAGAGCUCUAGUCCAGAUGCUUCCUCAAAAAAACAGAAACAAAAACCUUCUGCUUCCACUUCUAGCAGGCAAAAGGAGAGUGACGACAGCAGCGACAGCAGCGACAGCAGCGACUCUGAGCUUAUUGGUCCUCCUCCUCCACAAGCACCUGCUGAGGAGGAUGACGAUGAGCUGAUUGGACCUCCACUCCCAGAAGGCUACAGCCGCACCACAGCUGAUGCUGAUGCUGAGGAUGACAGCGACGACGAUGAGAACGAAAUGGAGGAGGAGGAUGACGAUCCAGUAAAGAAAAUUCCAGACACUCAUGAGAUCACACUUCUGCAUGGUACAAAGACAGUCUCAGCAAUGGGCCUCGACCCGUCUGGCGCUCGGCUGGUCACUGGUAGCUAUGACUUCGAUGUCAAGUUCUGGGACUUUGCCGGGAUGGAUGCAGCGCUGCAGGCCUUCAGGUCCCUACAGCCGUGUGAAUGUCACCAGAUCAAAGCCUUGCAGUAUAGCGUAACCGGCGACGUGAUCCUGGUAGUGGCAGGAAAUGCCCAAGCCAAAGUUUUGGAUCGGGACGGCUUCCAAGUCCUAGAGUGCAUCAAAGGGGACCAGUAUAUUGUGGACAUGGCCAAUACCAAGGGCCACACGGCCAUGCUGAACAGCGGCUGCUGGCACCCCAAGAUCAAAGAGGAGUUCCUCACCUGCUCCAACGACGGGACCGUGCGGACCUGGGACCUGAACAAUGAGAAAAAGCACAAGUCUGUAUUCAAGCCUCGAUCGACACAGGGCAAGAGAGUCACCCCCACCUGCUGCACCUACAGCCGUGAUGGCAAGCUGAUCGCCGCAGGCUGCCAAGACGGCACGAUCCAGAUCUGGGACAGAAACCUAAGCGUUCAUACAAAGUUCCACUGCCGCCAAGCCCAUGCAAUGGGCUCAGACACCUCCUGCCUCACUUUCUCCUACGAUGGAACCACGCUCGCUUCACGAGGAGGGGAUGACACUCUCAAGACAUGGGACAUUCGCAACUUCAAGAAGCCUCUGAAUGUUGCCACAGGGUUAUGCUCAUACUUCCCAAUGACAGACUGCUGCUUCAGUCCUGACGAUAAACUCCUGGUGACGGGUACUUCAGUGAAGCGCGACCAAGGGAACGGCAAACUGGUCUUCUUUGACAGAGAGUCCUUCAAGAAAGUAUACGAGAUCGAGGUGGCUAGCACGAGUGUGGUUCGCUGUCUCUGGCACCCGAAGCUGAACCAGAUCAUGGUGGGGACGGGGAGUGGCCUGGCCAAAGUCUACUAUGACCCAGUCAAGAGCCAGAGGGGCGCUAAACUUUGUGUGGUGAAGAGCAAGAGCAAAGAGAAGCAGGCAGAGACGCUGACGCAGGACUACAUCAUCACCCCCCACGCAUUGCCAAUGUUCCGCGAGGCCAGACAGCGCAGCACCAAGAAGCAGCUGGAAAAAGACAGACUCGACCCUGUGAAAUCCCACAAGCCCGAGCCGCCUGUGUCCGGCCCAGGCAGGGGAGGUCGUGUGGCAGCCCACGGAGGCACUCUUUCGUCCUUCAUCGUGAAGAACAUCGCUCUUGACAAGACAGACGACAGCAAUCCUCGCGAGGCCAUCCUGCGCCACGCCAAAGAUGCAGCAGAGAACCCGUACUGGGUCGCCCCUGCGUAUAAAAAGACUCAGCCGAACCCCUUGUUUGCAGAGGAAGAAUCCGAGGACGAGGACGCCAACAAGGAGCCCGAGUGGAAGAAACGCAAGAUCUGAAAAGCGAGGGCUGCUUUAACGCUCUUCUCAUGGAAUCGGUGGAGUUACCACCUUGUGUAUAUUUUAUUAGUAGCAUGUUCAAAAUGUACUCACUUGUUUUAAUGUAAAGGAGAGGAGGAGAAAUUGUGUGAUAAAGAGAGGGAGAGAGAGUGUCAGCAUCAUGCAGUGCUCAUGUGUAACUGAUUUGUAGGUGCACGUGCAAGUACUGAAUGUACAGUAUGCUGGUCUGGAGGCUUUUUUUUUUUUUUUUUGGUAGCUUGUUUUUAAAGAUUUUCACUUUGUAUUUUUGUUGCAAAAUAAACACGCUGUGUGUGUGG